CACUCACAUUAGCUCAGCCUACACUUCAAAAAAUAUAUAAAAAUGAAUUGCUCUUUCUCCAAGUCUAGAGUGCAAUCGUUGGUUUGCUCUUUCUCCAAGACUCAAGUGCAACCAGUGCUGUCUGGCUCUGUGUUUGAGCAAGAGGACAGCGAUCCAUCGGAUCAGCCUGGCAGACGCAUUUCGGCUGCGCUCAAUACUGUGCAGCGUCUGCAUGACGAGACGGAGAGCAAAGUGCUGAAGAAGCUGCUGCUGCUGGAUGAGGGCUAUCGCAACUAUUUCAAGACCUGGAACAAGGAGAUGGAGCUGCAGCGCAUGGCGGCCGAGAAGCUCUGGCGCUUGACCAAAGCCUACACGGGCUUCUACAGCAAAGUCUGCAAGUUGCCGCAGAAUGAAAGCGACACGACCGAGGACAACAUACUGAGCAGCUAUCAGCUGCACUAUCAGAUCAUACGCAACUCCAACGUAGCGCUGAGCGCCGCCAUCGAUGUGCUGCGUCGUCAGCUGCUGGCAUUUCGGCGCAAGUGCGCGCUGCUCGAUCUGCAGGCGGAGACGCCUUUUGUCCUGGGCGAUUCGUUUCACAAGCCCAUCAAGUUCUUCAUUGAGCUGGCCGAGGAGCUGUUCAACUAUUUCUAUAGCGGCUAUCUCAAGCUCUACUGCUGCGCGCGUCUGAUGGAGCCAGCGGAGCUGAGCACACUCGAGCGCUAUCAGCAGCUGCUGGAGCGCAGCGAGGAGUUCGAGGAGUAUCUGUUUCACAAUCUGGGCUAUUGUCGUUGCUUGGGUCCGCCGCUGCCCUGUCCCAAGAAGCCAGUGGUGCCGCAGAUGCAGCCCUCCGAGGUGGAGGAGGCCAUGAAGCGUGCCAAGCUGAGUCGCUGUGCUCGCCGCAUGGCCAAAAUGUCUGCAACGAACAACGAGCCGGAGCCUGCUCACUAUGACGCCAUCAUGAGCAGUCUGCUGGACCCGGAUCACGAGCGUCGCAUGAGCCAGCUCAACCAGCGCAUCAACGAGCUGCGUCGAUCCACAGUCGGCUCUAUGCGCACCGCUGCCCAAGAUCGUGCGCUCAUCGAGCAAAUUAUUAAUACCAUAAGUCCUUCGUCCAUGUACCCAACUGUCAUUAAUCGUUAAGGCGAGCGAGCGAGUGAGCGAGCGAUUAUAUUUAUUUUCCUCA